AUGUCAAGGGCCUUAUCAUCAUUUUGGAUUUCCUUAAGCUCUAUACUUUUUUCUGAGCUUGGAGACAAGACUUUUUUUAUUUCUGCAGUUUUAUCAAUGAGUAAUCCAGCUAUUCUAGUAUUUUCUGGAAGUAUUAUAGCCUUAAUAUCUAUGACAUUAUUGGCAUGUGUAGUUGGUGUUAUAAUCCCAAGUAUUUUUACUCCAAAGUAUACUCACUAUAUAUCAUCCUUUCUUCUUCUUGUAAUUGGAAUAAUAAAUAUAUAUGAUGGCAUUUUUACUAGUAGAGAUACUACCAAUAAGGGAUUUCAACAAGUGGAGAUGGAAUUAAGCAACGAGGACAAUGAGUUGGGUAAUGUCAAAGAUACUGAUACUAAUAAUGAUAUUGAAUUAUAUAAAAAUAAAAUAUUUUGUGAAGAUCGAAGUAAUUACAGAUUUUUAGAUAUUUUAUUAAGAUAUAAACUAUUCAAGUAUAAAAUAAAUAGGAUCUUUUUAAAAGCCUUCUGGUUAACUACUAUAGCUGAGUGGGGUGAUAGAUCACAAAUUACAACAAUAACAUUAUCUGCAUCAAAUGAUCCAUUUAUUAUAUUUUUAGGAUCUAUAUUAGGUCAUAUAAUAUGUACUGGUCUUGCUUGUUAUAGUGGGAAAUAUCUUAGUAAUAUACCACCAAUGAUUAUUUCAAUAGCUGGAGGAGUAUUGUUUAUUUAUUUUGGUUUACAUGGUAUGUGCUCUGGUUUAUAA